GUGGACUCGUAAUCUGGUGAACCGGGUUCGCUUCCCCUCUCCUCCCCAUGCAGCUGCUGGGAGACCUUGGGCUAGUCACACUGAAGUCUCUGAAGUCUCUCAGCGGGGGGCAAGUUCUCGUCUGCACCAUCUGGCUGGGCUCUUCUCCCCCAUUCCCAGAGCCCGACAUGCGCUCCCAGCUGGAAGAGAUCAUCCUGCAAUGCAACGAAGGGUCUGUGGCCAUGUUCUACGUUGCCCUCGGCUACCUGGGCUCUGGCUGCCAUCUGCUUCACGGUGGCUUUCCUAGCCAGGAAGCUGCCCGGCUCCUUCAACGAAGCCAAGCUGAUCACCUUCAGCAUGCUGGUCUUCUGCAGUGUUUGGGUGUCCUUUGUGCCCACCUACCUGAGCACCAAGGGCAAGUACAUGGGGACCGUGCAGAUCUUCUCUGUGUUGGCCUCCAGUGCGGGGCUCCUGGGCUGCAUCUUCCUCCCCAAGUGCUACGUUAUUCUGCUGAGGCCUGAUCUGAAUACAAAGGAGCACCUGACAACAAGAACUUAAGAUGGCAUCGGAUUCAGUGUUGACAAUGGCCAUCACUGCAGUGAUGAAAUACAAGUAGUUGUCUUUGGAUUACAGCUCCACAUAGCUCUCUUCCUUUUACAUGAAUCAUGAAAGAUGAAAAUAACUGUAGAAAACCUGCAAUGGCCACAAGGCUACUGGGUCCAAUGUUUAGCCUGCACUGCUUUAUCACUGCCUGAUUCCCACUAGAUAACUGGUGAUGAGCUAUGUUGGCCUUGAUGCUGCUAGUAGGUCACAGUCGUCCUAUCCUUUUCAGAAGUUGGAGCUUAGGGACACUGUGGCAAAAACUUUGUUUUAGCUUCUUCUCUUUAUAUUUUAGGGAUUUUUCCAAAUAUAACGGAACUUUCCCUUUGACCCACUAUAACGCCUUACCAUCUGCUCUAUUGCCCCCCCCCCAUUUAGUAAUGAAAAACGGAAUUAGAAUGGCAAAUAAAAAUCCAUUAACCCAACAGUUGCUGAUAAAGCAUGCGUAUGAAUAAGCCCUGAGUGGCAUGCUCCUCAAACCUUCAACAAUGGAAAUCAGCGGAGCGCUUACUAAACUCCCACCAUUAUAGAAACAAUACCUAAUGAUUAUUGGGGUGAGGAUGUGGAGGCUGCAAGAGAGGCUGAAGAGGAGAAGGCAGGGCGAAAUUUCCUGCUUUGCCUCAAACCGUGAAGCAUCCUAGGCUGCCCCUGCCUCUUGCCCCCUUACAAAGUGUUCCUGCUGCUUCCACAGGCCUGGCACCUUGGCAAACACUUGCCCAAACACUUUCCCUCCAGCCAGGCAUUUGAUAAAUAAUAAUCUCCACACACUUUAACUCAGUGGGUCUGACAUCUGAGGAGAUGCACAGAGAAACAUUCUUGGCUGAGUUUUGCUUUUACUGGUAUAAUUUUAUUCAUUUAUUCAUUCAUUUCAUAAAAUUUAUAUACCAUAUGAUUGUAAGAAAUACUCAAAGGGGUUUAAUAUGAAGUUUCUGGAUGGGGUAACUGUGAGGUGGAUUUGUAGAUGGUUGACUGAAUGAGCCCAAAGAGGGCUUAUAAAUGGUUCCUCGUCAUCCUGGAAAAAAGUGACAAGUGGGCUGCUGUCGGGUUCUGUCCUGGGUCCGUUGUUGUUCAACGUCUUUAUAAAUGACUAAGGAUGGAGGAAUUGAUGGGACGCUCAUCAAAUUUGCAGGUGGCACCAAAUUGGGAAGGGUAGCAGCAAACAGAAUCGGGAUCCAUCCCUGACCACUGGUCCUCUUAGCUAGGGAUGAUGGGAGUUGUAGUCCCAAAACAACUGGAGGGCCGAGUUUGCCUAUGCCUGCCUUAACAUUUGGGUGUACAUCGGAAGGGUUGAGCGUCAGGAGAGAGGUACAUUUCCUUCUUUUUUAAAUCUAAGGGCUUAUCCACACUUAAAUUUUGCCCUGUUCUUUCCAGGUCUGUGCUUUAAGUCUCCGUCUCUGAGUGUGUUGGGGGGGGGGGCUUUCCCUGCUAAAACCUGCUCUUUUAGGCCAGGAAGGUUGAAGUGGCCGAAACCUGACAGAUUUGAGGCCUAGACCUCCAACUGUCUCUCCUCAGACCAGGCAAGGAAGCAUUGAAGAGGCUUAAUUACUGACCUUCACACAACCUGAGGCCUUUUCUUGAGGUGAGGGGGGAGAGAAGAAAAAGAUUGUUUGUGUGGGUUGCACCACUUUGAAUUGCAAGGUACCCCUUGCAAGGACUGCUCCUCACUACAGAAGCAUUCCCUUCCUGCAGAAAACGAAAGGUUUGUUUUACGGCUUUUAUGGCUCAACUUGACCGGUGCAAUGAGGAACGCUAAGGAGGUUAGAUAACAGCCCUACUGAACAAGUGCAGGUUUCGUCUGCUGAUAAAAUAAACAGACAGCCCUCGACUGAUAUAGCUUUGUUAAUUAUUGGAAUGCCUGCCGGAAGGAGAAAACGAGGUGCAAAGAGCCAGAAGAGCACAAUUGGGACUCACAAUUCCUCUAAAACAAAGAAUCAGCAGAGAGCCAAUGCCAUCUUCCCUGGCUCAGAAACAGAGCGGGUUGAGGAAGCCGAGAAAACGGAGCAAAUAGAACAAACAGUGAGUAACAACGUUGGGGGAACCUCACCCCCCUUUAAGGAGGAUGACUAUGACCCGACCCCCCCCUCCCAGAAAAAGCUAAUCCGUCCAAGAGGGCAAGAGCAGGAGAAGAAGAAGAAGAAGAGUUUGGAUUUGAUAUCCCGCCUUUCACUCCCUUUAAGGAGUCUCAAAGCGGCUCACAUUCUCCUUUCCCUUCCUCCCCCACAACAAACACUCUGUGAGAUGAGUGGGGCUGAGAGACUUCAAGGAAGUGUGACUGGCCCAAGGUCACCCAGCAGCUGCAUGUGGAGGAGCGGAGACACGAACCCGGUUCCCCAGAUUACGAGUCCACCGCUCUUAAGCACUACACCACACUGGCUCUCCCACUCCUAACGCCAACCCACCCAGGCCUCUAGAACAAGAUAUCAGAGGAGCCUGCUUUCAACCGAUUCCGGAUACGCACCCCUACCAAGAGAUUUGCAUGUUGUCUACAGAAACUAUGGUUCUGGUUCUCCAAAGACUGAAUGAAAUCCUCACCAAAAUAGUUAACAUUGAGAAACAAUUGGAUACUAGUUCCUCCCCUUUAAAUGCCCAAGGGCUUAAAAGGAUGAUAAGAAAUGACUUUGUUAACAACUCACCAACUCAAACUAGGGAUGAAUUGAGGUCCUGUCAAGUCUUGCAAACGAACCAGAUAAUGCUUGAGAUUCACCAAUACCAUCAUAGGUAGAUGAACCGCAGACAAAUUACUACGUCCUUGUCUCAGCUCCUGAAUUACCAUUACUGAAAUGUAGAUCUAGAAAAUUUCCACUUCCUGCCUACCUUGAGAAACAUCACACACCUAUUUAUGACCUUUAGGUCAUCAGCCCUCCCAUCUCGACUCAUGGAGAUAAAGGAUACUCUAUCAUGGUUCCACUCUCUCCGCCCAGUGAGGGUGUUUAAAGACGAAACGAGGCAAUUGGUCCCUUGCAUAGAGUCAAAGCUAAUGCGGAUAAGGGAAACCAAGCUCAACACUAGAAACACUAACUGCCCGUAGGAAGAAAAUAAUUCUGUAAGCCUAGAAUUACAAGACCUGAAGAAGAGGCUAAUGAGUAUAAAGGCUGAGAUCUCUACCCAAAAUAUAAGGAAAGUAGAGCCUAGAGCACAAUAUUUAAAGACGUCCAACAGCUCUUUAUCCCAUAGAAGAUGGGUGGCAAGCCUAUUUGGGCUGGCCCGCGAAGACUGAUGGAUCUUGAUAAAUUCCGUCAGGCCUCGCGGGACCCUGCUCCUCCUGGCGACUCAUUAGAUGGCCUUGUCGAGGACUGGGAUAACCGGCUCUUGGCUUGGAGCCAAUUUGAUUCCCUCCCCCUCUUUCUUUUUUCUUUCUCCUCCUGUGAUGAGGCUGCAUUUUAAUAUUUUAAUGUUUCAAUAUUUUAAUGUUGUAUUUUAAUCUUGUUUUUAAGUUGUAUUCAUUCAGCUUGUUUUUAUUAUUGCUUGUUAGCCUCCCUGAGCCCAGCCUUGGCUGGGGAGGGCAGGGUAUAAAUAAAAAUUAUUAUUAUUAUUAACGGAUCAGAGAACUGGGCCCAAAUUAGCAAAGUGACUUUCAAUAGGGACAAACGUCAGAUUCUGCGCUUAGGCAGGAAUAACCAGCUGCAAAAAUAUAGCAUGGGGGACACCAGGCUUGCCGGUAGGACAUGUAAAAAGGAUCUAGGGGUCUUAGUAGACCACACGUUUAACAUGAGUCAACAGUGAGAUGCAGCAGCAUGAAGACCCAAAUGCUAUUCUAGGCUGCAUCCACAGAAGUCUAGUGUCCAGGUCAAGGGAAGUCAUGGUCUAUUCUGCCCUGGUGAGACCACACCUGGAGUCCUGUGUCCAGUUCUGGGCACCACAAUUUAAGAGGAUGGUUUACAAGCUGGAACAUGUGCAGAGGAGGGUGACCAAGAUGAUCAAGGGUCUGGAAACCAGGCCUUAUGAGGAACAGUUGAAGGAGCUGCAUCUGUUUAGCCUGGAAAAGAGGAGACUGAGAGAAGAUAGGAUAGACAUCUUCCUAUAAUAAAUGACACUUCUGCAACUCGGGCCCUUAAUGAGGUUACGAGUUUUGUGGGGGGAGUCAGUCUGGAUGAUGCCUGGGUCUCUUCCAAUUCGUUAUUAUGUACCACCCUAGAUGACCUUCCUGGUCUCUUCCAACUCUGAUUCUAUGAUUCUGUGAAAGGAGAUUCUAAAUGGAAGAACUAUCUGAUGGCAAGAGCUGUUCGAGAGUGGAGCAGACUCUCUCAGAAGGUGCUGGACUCUCUGUCCUUGGAGGUUUCUAAGCAGUGGUUGGGUGGCCAUCUGCAAAGGAUUCCUUAGCUGUGGUUCCUACAUUGCAGAGGGUUGACCUUCAGGAUCGCUUCUACCUCUGUAAGUCUAUGAUUCCAGGAAGUGGUGCAAUUUUUGUAGCUUGGUACAAAGUUUGGUCAUUUACCAACAACUCGUGCAUCCACAAUUCUAAGCAGGCAUUGUCCACAGACUUCCAUAAGGGUGAGAAACUUUUAAGUCUGGAUUUCUUAGGAAGCCGCAAAAUUGACCUGCAACAUGGCCCUUCUAGCAGAGGGAAUUUGCAGAAAUAAGCUAUAGUACAGGUCAACAUGUGGAAUGGACCCCAAGUUUAUGAUUGUUAACUAUUUUUAAAGAAGGGCAAUCUGACCUAUGUUAUAAAGAACUAAUUACUUUUCUUUUAGUAGUGGCAUGCCAACUAGUGACACAGAACUGGAAGAUUGGAAAAUCUGUGUAUCUCUUUGUUGGAAGCAGAAUGUAUGGUCUGUUGCUGUAUCAGAAAAAUUAACAAAGAUACUGCAUACAUUUUGCUGAAUUAUGGCAUCCUUUUAUAAAAUACUUCACUAAUAAUCUUGAAGAAUGGCAACUACCGAAACCACAGAUUUGACUUUUGCAAACUUAACUAGAUUGAUCCGUCCUGGAGAGGAAAAGAGUUGGGAUUUUGUUUUUGUAUUUUUCUCCUUUUUGUAAUUGUUAUGUAUUGGAAAUUAAUAACACUAUAUUAAAAAACAAAAACAUGGCUUUUUGUUUCCGGCCUGUUCUUCCAGCAACCUGACUUGUGCAAGCAGGCAGACCAGUGUGUGUGUGUGUGUGUGUGUGUGUGAACAAAAGGAAGUUGUGCUUUUUAGGGCACACUAUCUGCAUAAGUGUCACGGUUGGUUUUCCUCUCACAGAGUGAGGCAAACCAACAGGCAGUUUAUUUCCCCCCAACCCGCCCUGCUGCACAGAGAGGUAGGUUGUGUCUGCCUGUCUGUGUGGGAAUCGAUGGCAGGGGCUGCUUUGCAUGCAGGAAUUUGCAGGUUUAAUGCCUGCUGGCACUGCCAGCUAAAACAGACUGAAGAGCAGGUGGUGGGAAAGACCUGGGUCCCUGUUUUGGGAGGUGGGCAUCUUCCUAAGUUCCUGUAUUGUAUAGAGAUUGGAACCAGAGCUUAUUCAUUCAAUCCCCAGGCAUCUCCCGUGAGAAAGAGAGGGUGAAGGUUCUGCCUCAGAGGCCGUAAAUGCCUCUGAAUAUCCGUUUCUAGGAAUCACAAAUGGGGAGACUUGCUAUUGCACACAACUCCUGCUCUUGGGCUCUGCAUCUGUUGGGCCACUGUGAGGACAGGAUGGUGGGUGACAGGGGGCAUUGGCCUGGCCCAGCUGGCUCUUCUUAAGGAAAGAACACCUCUCUGCUUGAGAUCCUACUAAGCUGCUGCCAGCCAGAGCUAACAGUCCUGGGCUAGAUCAAUGAAUAGUCUGACCUGCUGCCCUAGGCUCAGAGGUCAUUUGCACUCCAGCUGCCACCGAACUACAGCACCCUUCAGUGACAUCUGGAGGGCCAAAGGGCCAGAUCAGGGCUGAAAUUAGACUUGAAAGAACUAUUCUGUUGUAGGCAAGAGGCUCUGUCAAGGGGUGUGCUUUGUAAAUGUGCCUAGCCCUCCCCACAACCUGCAGCAUCCAUGAAUGAUGGCUGGCUGGCCUGCCUCUUCAGCAAAGGCAAGGCCACCAUCUCCUGAGACAGCCUGUUCCCUUGUCCUAUUCUUUGCAUCCUUAGGAAGCUAGCGAGCCACUUCCUGUGUGUUUCAGGCUACUGAAAUGGGGGGGGGGGGUUUAGUGGUGAGCGAAUGGACCUGUGGAGAGCUUAGCCGGUAGAGCAUGAAACUCUUCAUCUCAGGGUAGUUGGUUCAACCUUAGGCAAAAGAUUCCUGCGUUGCAGGGGGUUGGAUUAUUAACCUCAUGGUCCCUUUUAGCUCUACAGUUCUAUGAUUCUAGAGGCCACUUUCUGUGUGUGGCUUUUGAUACACUUGAUUUUAAAAAGAAUCUAUGAUUUUAAAAAGAAUCUAACAGCAGAGAACUUAAAUCUGUUUGGAAGUCUUGUUCCACAGGUGCUGAAAAGGCAACUGAAAUGGUGCCUGUCCAAUAUCUAACAUGAGGGAGCUUCCAAGAGUUGGGGCCACAAAGGCCUGAUUCCUACAUUGUGUGGAACUAGGAUUCCCAGGGCAGGAGCAUCCCAGACCCUGAGAUUUCAGGACCCAAACCUGAGACUGAGUGGCCGCCCCCGUGAUAUUACCUGGGUGGGCGCCGUGCCAGGCGUGCAUGAGCAUGCAGCUCUCUCCUCUCAAGCCCAGCCCCGUUCUAUUCUCUCCCACCACUAAGCCCUGGAGAAAGAGGUGAAUUGGGAGAGGGGAAGAGGACACAACCCCCCCCCCUGCAGGAAUCCUUGCAAUGAUUUGCAGUCAACUCCUGAAUGUUGCAAGCUGCGUGCCCAGUCUUCUUCUUCUUGUGGACUCUCCUUCCUUGGAGGUAUUUAAGCAGAGCUUGGAGGUAUUUAAGCAGAGCUUCCAGCCCUGCAGUUCUGUGGUGGUUGUGCUCCAAUUUGUGUGUGGUUUUCCAAUGCACAAGUUAGGAAGGGCUGCCAUUAAAUGCGAACUGAGGAAGCUUCCUAUGUUCUGUGAUAGGAAUUUUGAGGUCUUAGAUAUAUGUUAAAUGUUCAUAAGUGUACCAACCAAGCAUAUACAUAGAUCAGCACAGGAAGACCAACCUGGAACCAUUUUGAUUCCCAAACUGUCCCAAACUGACCAAAUGUUUUCUCUGCAAGGUCAAAGGAAAAUGGGAAAGCCUCCCCAUUGUCUUUUCCUUCACAAAUCCUGUCUUAAGGGUAUGUCUGUGUUUGAAUAGGGUGUGAGCCUGUGACCUGGCCCAGGAACUAAGUAUUUAUCAUUACAAAAGACUGGCCAGGCUACCCAGGAAAUCCAAUCAAGGAACCUGCCAGACAGGAGAUAAACAAGGACAGGAAAAAAACAACAUUCAAAAUUUCUGUUUUGGACCGCCUUUUUUGUGAUGUAGGUGUGAUGUAUCUGGUGAAGAAAUUCUUAGCAGGCAUCAAAAUAAAUAAUUAAUAAUAAUAAUAAUAAUAAUAAUAAUUUUUUAUUUAUACCCCACCUUCCCCUGCCAAGACCGGGCUUAGGGUGGCUAACAUCAGGUAUAAAAACAAUUGAUUAAAAUACAACUUAAAAACAGGAUUAAAGUACAACUUAAAAUGCAGCCUCAUUUCAGUGGAAGCCCAGAUCAAAAACUGUUUGGGAGGAGAAAACGUCAAAUCUUCACCAAGGCCAACUAUCCAGACUGGUCCUACGUGGACCAGAAAAAGCCAGGGAAGUCCCCAAAUAGGAGUUCCAUCACAGAGGGGAAAAGGGGAAAAGAAAGGGGGGGAGGGGAUCAAGUUGAUUCCAAACCAAAGGCCAGGCAGAACAACUCUGUCUUACAGGCCCUGCGGAAAGAAAUCAGAUCCCACAGGGCCCUGGUCUCAUGGGACAGAACGUUCCACCAGUGUUGAAAAGGCCCUGGUUCUGGUUGAGGAAACUCAAUGAAACAACUCAGUGAAGAUGCCUGCCUAAAUAUCAAUAGGAAAGGAGUUCUGGAGAAUACCUUCUACCACACUGAAAGAUCCAUUUCAUGCGGGGGGGGGGGGGGGAAUGUGCAAAAGUAACUUGAAUGAUGCACAUAAAUACACAAAUAGUUCCAGCGUUAGCUGAAGGUUCAGCAUGAAGAAUAACCAGAAUAUAGAAAAGUUUUCAAAGGCUCUAAGGAAGUGUCCUCUGCAGCUUUGGUUUCCCCCUUCUGCCUUAUCUUGCUCAAGCAAUGGGUUUUGCAAAACCGCUAGUCCACAUCCGCUGCUGCAGAGGACAAGAUAAGUCUCUGCAGUGAGCCGGGUGGGCAGGCUGGGGGGGGGGGGGAGAUGGCGCAGGAGAGCUGGUUUCGCAAGGGGAAGGUGAGAACAUCAUUUGCUUGCACUUCAGCUGCUGGCUUCUUGAUGCAGCACAUAGUUAAACUAUGCAACUCACUCCUGCAGGAGACAGUGAUAAAAGAGGAUUGGAUAAAUUGUGGAAUUUUGUGAAAAAAUCAUGGAGGGGUCAUGUGAUUGGUGCCUGCCGGCCAGGAUGGCUCUGCUCUGCUUCCAUAGAGAGGGAAAUGCUUCUGAAUGCCAGGGGCUGGGGGGGGGGGGGCGGCUCUUGCGCUCAGAUCCUGCUUGCAGGUUUCCCCCAGGCACCUGGCUGGCCCCUGGGAGAACAGAAGGCUGGACCGUGUGCCAUUGGCUUGAUCCAGCAGCCAAGGCUCUUCUUAUGUUCUUAUGGAACCUCCCAGACCAGAGGCAGUCUAUCUGGAUCCCAGCAGGGGUGGCCUGUGGGGCUGGGGCUCUGGGUGCAUUUUUAUGGGGUGCUUAGGUUCGCAGCAUCAACACCCCAAAGGGGUCUUGUUUCUCCCAUAGCCGCAGCCUUGGACCCCAGCGGAAAUCAGCUAUGGCUCUCUCUCUCUCUCUCUCUCUGCCUUCCCAGCCUGCUGCUUCUGUCUCCAGCUUCUAGUUCCAAUAACUGCUCCCAAACUCUGGCUUUUGUCCUUCUCACUAUUUGCAAGUUUAGUUGUGAUUCAUGCAUUGCAGGUUAGACUAGGUGACUCAUGGGGUCCCUUCCAACUCUAUGAUCCUAUGAUCUGCCAUAUUGCACAGAGCCCUCUUUCCUUUGAUCUCUUAAUGGCCCAUCAGGGAGGUAGCCUGGCUUAUAUUUUAACACAUGCUGGAUCCAGGGAUUAGAGAGGUCUGUCACCUACAAACUCAUAACAAUAGGUAGAUAGAUAGAUAGAUAGACAGACAGACAGAUGCAUGUCGCCCCAAUCUCUGAGCAGAGAGAUAUUUCAGGGGUCCCCGGUGCUUACCCAGGGUUGGUUUCCUUCGAAUGAGGGACACUGGAGAGCCAGGCGCUGCCUCAGUUUCACAGCAGCGGGACGGUCCCUCUUCAGCCAGCCAGCCUCCGCUGACACUCAGAUCACGAAGGGUCUUGCCGGUUGCUGAGCAGCAGGCCAGAGAAGCCCAGAGGGGGAUCCCUCCUUCUCACCAUAGCUUGCAUCUGCUUGGGAGGAGUCCAGAGGCAGAGUCUUCGACUAGGGCCAGUGAGCCUAGGCGAACUCUGCUGUGUUUUCCCUUUUCUGAAUAAAAAGCUGACUUCACAUUGAGUCUUGCAUCCCCCUUCUCCCGACCCAGCCCUGGAAUCCAGCAGAAGUCCAGCAUGGCUCGGUCUCUCUCGCUUUGGCCUGCAGCCUGCUUCCAGUUCAGCUCUCACACAACUGGGGAGGGGGGGCAAGGCCCGUUUAUUUGCCCAGAGGCACCAUCACAGGGGUCCUUAGGUGGCAACUGUGACCAUUAAGAAGAAACUUGCCUGGCUAGUUCAACAAUGGAAAUCUGUUAGAUUUUCUCUUUGCUGAGGAGGAAUUAGAAGGGCAUCAUGCUGACUAAAUCCUCUCACCAAACUAAUAUAUAUAUACAGUGGUACCUCGGGUUAAGUACUUAAUUCGUUCCAGAGGUCCGUACAUAACCUGAAACUGUUCUUAACCUGAAACUGUUCUUAACCUGAGCACCACUUUAGCUAAUGGGGCCUCCUGCUGCCGCCGCACCGCCAGGACAUGAUUUCUGUUCUCAUCCUGAAGCAAAGUUCUUAACCUGAAGCACUAUUUCUGGGUUAGCGGAGUCUGCAACCUGAGGCACCACUGUACCUUGGUUUACAAACUUAAUCCAUUUCGGAAGUCCGUUCUUAAACCGAGGUGCGCUUUCCUUAGUGAGGCCUCCUGCCCCCGGUGCCCUUCCACCAUUUGGAUUCCGUUCUUAGACCGAGGUAAAGUUCGCAAACUGGGACACUAUUUCCGGUUUUGUGGAGUUUGUAAACUGAAUCGUUCUUAAAUUGGACUGUUCUUAAACUGAGGUACCACUGUACACCUGCUGCUUCCAAACUUCAGCCUGGCAGGUGCUGGCUGCAAAUGAUUGCAGAGAUGCUCUGGGGGCCUGACCUGCUCUGCCCCCUCUCCCCAAGGUCUCUGGUCUGGGCCAUUGCAGGGCUGGGGGGGCACCUGCUGGGCAAGAUCCCCACUCGCCAGGUCUCCAUUAUCGUCCAGAGGCUUUGGCCCCAAUCCUCAUCCCUUCCAAUGCCUGACGAUGGUUCUGUUUGCCCAUCUCUUGCAGACUAAGGCAUGUCUCCGGUUUCAAGAGUCCCUCUGAUCUUGCUGGCGCUCCUGGGAACAUCCGCCAGUGCACUGGAUUGGGCCCUGGAAGGAGAAUGGAAAGGAUGGAAGGAAGUUCACGCCAAGCAAUACCUCAAGGUGAGUUUACCAUGACAAGAUGUCAAUUCCCCCGAAGUACUAGCACUGCUGAUUAUUGCAGGGAGAAAUUUCCCUUGGGAAAUCCAACUUUUCUUCAAGGGACCUAAAGGCAAAGACACUCUGUGCACAUACAAAGUGCCUGGUUACUUAUAAAUACGUAUUUGCUUUGUUGGAUUAGACGAAGGUUCCCUCUAAAUUCAGCAUUUCGUUCUAAUGAUGGACAUCUGGGCCUCAGCCCUUCUGUGCCCCCAGCAGCUGCUAUUCAGAGGUAGACGCUCCUGGGCAUGGAGAGUCUUAUAAUGACAAGCUGGGAAAGGAGCAAUUCAGAGGCAGGCAGCACCAAAUGGGCCCCUUUGGAGGAAGGUGAGAGGUAUAAAUACAUAUAAUAGUGGUGGCCUUUUAGUAGAAUAAAAAUAAUACUGAGGUCCAUUGCCAAGGGCCUUCUGGCGGUUCCCUCACUGCGAGAAGCCAAGUUACAGGGAACCAGGCAGAGGGCCUUCUUGGUGGUGGCACCCGCCCUGUGGAACGCCCUCCCAUCAGAUGUCAAAGAGAAAAAUAACUACCAGACUUUUAGAAGACAUCUGAAGGCAGCCCUGUUUAGGGAAGCUUUUAAUGUUUAAUAGGUUAUUUUAUUUUAGUGUUUUGUUGGAAGCCGUCCAGAGUGGCUGGGGAAACCCAGCCAGAUGGGCAGGGUAUAAAUAAUAAAUUAUUAUUAUUAUUAUAUAAAAGCAUUAUUUUUUCCCCCUUGCUUUUUAUUUUUGUCCUAAAUUUAUUUGCCGAGAUAAAGAAGAAAAUACAUUUAUAAAAGGGGGAAUCAGUGAAAUUUAUAAAAUAUUAGAAGAAAUGGAGUAUCAAAAAGAUCAAUUAAAAGAGGUGUGAGAAAAGGCAACAACAAGGCAGAUAGAUUAUCAAAGCUAGGGGAAAAUAUGAGAGAAACGUACGUUGAAAAUGUUGUCUAUAAAAAUAAAAGAAAAUUGUUAUAACUUAGUUUGGAGAUGGUAUUUAACACCAGUGAGAUUAAAUCAAAUAAGCAAGGGAUAUUUGGCAUUAUAUUGGUGAGGAUGCCAGGAAACAGGGAAUUAUGUUCACAUGUGGUGGGGGUGUAAAUAUGUAAAAAAUAGUAAUAAUGGCAAAGGGUGUUUAAGGAGAUAGGAGAAAUUACGGGGUUAAUGAUGAUCCAAAGUCCAGAGGUAGCACUAUUAUCAAUUUACGAUGAGGCUAGGAAGGACUUGCUCAGAAAUAUUUUGACAGCCGCACAAAUCAUUAUAGCUGGGAAGUGGAAGGGGCAAGGAGAAUAUAAAAUGGAAGAAUGGUACAAAGAGCUUUGGGAUAUAGCUAUUAAUGACAAAUUGACAUGUACCAUUAGGGUAAGACGGGGAGCAAUGAUUUUGCAAAGAUAUGGAGGGUGGUUUUGGAGUUUGUAUUAUUAAAACAGAAAAGGGUUGGACCAUCACAGGAGGUGUUGAGAUUUUGGGAAGCUGAGCAGGUAUUGUGGUCUCAGUGGAGGGGGCACACUUUUAUUCUUAUUUAUGUAUGAUUAGUUGUAUGAUUUUUAUUACAUUCAUAAUAAACAAUAUUUUUUAAAAAGAAAGAAAUUCAUAUCAAAUUAUUCCCGUGGUGGAUUUUCAUCCUUCCAGCGUUGCUUUACUCAGGGAGAAGAUGGCCAUCAGAGGAGGGAACCUGAAGCGAGGCCAUAAUCCCUGAAGUGCGUGGUCACACGCUCACCAGCCAUACUGCCCAGGGGUUAAGUCUCAUCAUCCUGACUCAGGAUUGCCACUCAAAACCAUUCAGAGAACAAUGUCCAACUGGUUUCAGUGUACUGGGAUACUGGGAGAGACAAAGGGGGGUAUUUGACUUGGCCUGGGGAGUCGGAGGUUGCGGCUUACCCAGUGAUAGGAAUGUAGAAUAUCUCUGAUUGACAUGGCAUCAGUUUUCAGCCCAAAUGCCACUCCUAGUUCAUGACAUGUUUAUGACAUAUGUGUGACAUCAAGGUGUUAUGGGUAAUCUAGGGAAACUUUUAAAAGAGUACCCCUCACUGCAUCUUCUGUGUUGAAGUUUGGAGUCUUGUUGCAACAAUAAAGAUUCGGCCUCCUGGCUGCUGGUUUGCUUCAAUUUCUUGACUACAGUCUUGUUUGACCUUCCAGCCUAAGCCUGUGGAACUCAUUGCUGCAAGAGAGAAACACCGGAGCAGAAUAGAGAGAAUGAAGAGAGAAUGAAUAAGACUCCUUCUGGCCUGUCCAAACAGUGUAUCAUUGAGAUAAGAUAACAGGGCUGAUCUCAAUCCCGCUCACUCCAGCUGCUCCCAGCUCCUCUGAAAAACCUUCCAGAUGAGAAUCUUCUGCUUGUUUCUUAGCAGAAUGGAGAUGUACUGGCCAUGUUCUGGCAUGUUUCAGAUUCCAGCUUGGAAUACACACAAUAUACUAUAAAACUUCUGUUAUUUGAAGUGAUUUCUGUCCCUCAGAAAUGCCAUUUAGAUUUAAUACUUGGCACACAUACAUCCCCAUUUUUAAAGUUGGAUUUUCCAUAGCAUCAAUUUAUUGUGGGAGAAUUGAUCAAAUUUAUUUUUACUAGCCAUCAUGCUCCAUAAUUUCCUGACUGACUUAAUUCUGUCAGGUGGAUUUUGAAUUAUAACAUAUUUUGAUCCCAGUGCUGUCCAUGCAACUAAUGGGGUUAUAUCUGCAUAUUCAAGUGACACCCAAGCCAGAAAAACAUUGUUGGAAUUUACUUUCCAACAUCUAACAUUUGGUAGUAAAUAAACUUGAUGGUACAGUUCUAGAUUUGGGGUGCCAAAUCCUCCUUUUUUGUUGGUAACUUGCAUUCUUUAGUAAGGAUAUUCUUGGAGUUGCAGAACCCCUUAGGCAUUUCCUAAUUAAGGAGUUCAUUUUACAUAAAUAUUUACUAGAUAAAUGAAGUGGAAUUCCUCUCAAAAUGUAGAUCAUUCUGGGAAUAAUGUUCAUCUUGAGAGCGUGUUCUGUGUUACAAAUCAAGCAUUGCUAGGAGGUGUUUCUUUUUGUUUUCUAAUGUAUUUCUUACCAAGAAAAGUCAGUGUGGCAUGAGAAAAUUUUGGUGUGGCCAGAGAAAAAAGCUUGAGAACCGCUGAUCCGUACUUGAGCUUCCCAUUGCAGGAGGAAGAGGCCUUUCGUCGGGCCGUCUGGGAGAAGAACCGGCGGAGGAUUGAGCAGCAUAACCAGGAGGGGAAGAGCUUCCAGCUGGCAAUGAACCACCUGGGCGAUUUGGUAACUGGAGCUCUCUUGCCUUGCCCUUGUUGAGCCGGCAUUUGUGAGCGUUCUCUUUGGGGGAACGGCUGCAGUCCAGUUGCUGGGAGUGGAGAGGGAGGAUGCCGGUUUUGCCCUGGGAUGCAGCCUCAGGAGCAGCUUGGCAGGGGUGGGCAUUCUGAAAAUCUAGAAGUAAGAGCACAGCAACUAUGGUUUCCUCCCGCAGACGGACGAAGAGUUUAACGAGAUGCUCAGCAGCUUCCGUUCUGACUUGGCCGACCAACCCGGUAAGAAGGUUGCCUUGUUCCAAGAAUCAGCCAGCCUGGAGACCCCCAAGGAAGUUGACUGGCGCACCAAAGGUUAUGUCACCCCAGUCAAGAACCAGGUGAGCCCAGAACCACCUGGGGAGACUUAAUGGCCAAGCUCAGGAUUCCUGGAGGGGCCUUUUUUAACAUCUCUCUGUUGGAGCAGGCCAAUGGCUCGUCUAGUCCAGCAUCCGGUUCCCACAGGGCAAGAGCACUCUGCCCACUUGUGAUACCCAGCAACUGGCUUUCAGAGGUGGACUGCCCCUGGCCAUUGAGGUUCUGCACAUGGAGAACACCACUGGGUUAGACAAAAGGAGGUCCAUCUAGCCCAGCAUCCUGUUCUCACAGGACUCAGCCUGAUGCCCCAACAGGAAACCUGCAAGCAGGACCCAAAUACAAGAGCAGGGCCAUCCUAGCUAGAAGCCACCCUGACCUUCUCCUCCACAUAUCUGACCAGCCCUCUUUUAAAGCCACCCAAGUUGGUGGCCCUCACUGCCUCCCUUGGGAGGGAGUUCUGCCCUUUAAAAUGUCCUUCUGAAGGGCUUUGCUCCCUCCGUCCUGAAUCUUCCAGCAUCUGCCUUCACUGCAUGUCCACCAGUUCUAGUGUUAUGGGAGAGGGAGAAAAACUUUUUGCUUUGUCAUAGAAUUGCAGAAAUGGAAGGGACCCUUGGGGUCCAACCCCCUGCAAUGCAGGAAUCUUAGCUAAAGCUGGCAGGUGGCCAUCCAGCCUCUGCUCAGAAACCUCCAAGGAAGGAGAGGCCACCACCUUCCUAGCCAGUCCAUUUUCCACUCUCAAAGAGCUCUUUCUGUCAGAAAGUUCUUCCUGAUGUUUACCGUAUUUUUCGUUCUAUAAGACACACUUUUUCACCCCAAAAAAGUAAGGGGGAAUGUGUGUGCGUCUUAUGGAGCGAAUGCAGGUUGCGCGGCUAUCCCAGAAGCCAAAUCCCUCUUGCUGUCCUGGCUUCUGGGAUUCAGAGUAUUUUUUUCCUUGUUUUCCUCCUCCAAAAACUAGGUGCGUCCUAUGGUCUGGUGCGUCUUUUAGAGCGAAAAAUACGGUAGUUGGAGUCUCCUUUUCUGUAACUUGAAACCAUUGGUUUGGGUCCUACCCUCCAGAGCAGGAGAAAACAAGCUUGUUCCCUCAUCCAUGUGAGAGCCCUUGAGAUGUUGGAAGAUGGCUCUCAUAUCUCCUUAGUCUCCUCUUCUCUAGGCUAAACAUACCCAGCUCCUUCAACCUUUCUACAUAAGGCCUGGUUUCCAGGCCCUCCUCUGCACAUGUUCCAGCUGGUCAAUAUCCUUCUUAAACUGUGGCUCCCAGAACGGGACCCAGGACCCAGGUGGGGUCUGCCCCCACACCAUGCAUGUUUGAUUUACUUCUGCCUCACCACCUCUUGCUGUUCCCACAGGGCCACUGCGGAUCCUGCUGGGCAUUCAGCGCCACCGGAGCACUUGAAGGGCUGCGCUUCAACAGGACAGGGAAGCUGAUCCCGCUAAGCGAACAGAACCUCAUUGAUUGUUCCUGGAAGCUGGGCAACCAGGGGUGCCAUGGAGGGUACAUCACCCGGGCCUUCGAGUAUGUGCGGGAAAACGGCGGCAUAAACUCAGAGACCAGCUACCCCUACUUGGAGAAAGUAAGACGGAAGGAGGAAUCAGUGCACAUGCCUCGCUGAUCUGGGCCACACACAUGGGCACAAUUGUGCGGUCAAGACCUUUGCCACCUUCACAUUACUUCUAAUUUAUAGUCUGCCCUAUUGCAUAUGUUUAUAUUUUGCAGCUUGAAGCAAUAGGGUGAAUAAAAACUGACUCCUCUUGGAAAAAUAAUUGUCCAGACCCAUAUAUUGUCCAGACUCUAAAGCUUCACUCACAGAACUUUCUUCAAUUACUCCUAAUAUCGUUUUUAUAAGAAGCUGAACCUAUGCUGGAUGUGCACAUGAUAUUACACAACUAUCUGAAUGUAACACUGAUUGUUUGAUGUUCUGUUUUGAAGAAAGUUCUGUUUGGACCAAAAAUCAGAGGUCUGUCUCUCCCCACAGCUUCCAUUAGCCCACAGUUGUUUUCUCUCCAGGAGAGACCUCAUUAUCACAUCCUUUGUUCUCUUGUGGCUUCCAGAGAAACACUCAAAGGCAACUCCCUUCAAAAUGGCAGUUUGCAAUUUAAUAACCCUCUCACAUGAUCUAAAGUUAAACACGAUAUGAGAGAGCAGAGAACACCCUAAAUUGAUUAUCAACCCAUUUAUUUUAUUUUUUCAAUUUUUGUUUAUCAUUUCCAUUUUUACACAUGAAACAAGAACCUCCCCUUCUAUGGUUCAUUUUGCUACUUUACUUUCUUUUCCACUACAUAUUCUAGUUUCCCCCUAUAUCUUAUUUUUUCUCAACUUUAUAUCUGAAUAUUUCUUACUGCUCUUACUGUUAACUUUUUGACAUGCUUUCAAUAUGUUUCCAAAUAGUCUAUAAAACAUUUCCAACCAUCUUUGAAUACUUUUUUUUUAUCCUGACCCUUAUUCUAUUUGUCAAUCUUGCCAUUUCUAUAUAUUCUAUUAACUUUGUCUGCCAUUCCUCCUUGGUUGGUAUCUUCCCUCCACUUCUGAGCAUACGCCAUGCGCAGACCCCUUCUUGAUGAUCAGAGGGAUCUGCUUUGCUUUAUUAUAGCCCAAUGGGAUUUUCCAAUUUUCAGCAGCACACAUACAAGCACAUACAGAGUUAUUUUCUAUUCCAAUGUUAAUUAAACUAAUAAUAAUAAUAAUAAUAAUAAUAAUAAUAAUAAUAAUAAUAAUACUUAACACACCCUUCACAGGUGGAAAACACAAUUAGCCUGCCAAGGAGCGCCACCGCUGCUCCCACUGGGAGCUCACUGAGCCGAAAGGGUGAAUGUGGUGACCGGCAGGCGACCUUGUGAGGAGUGGUCCCCUCCGGCAUGCAGAGAGGGCCACCUGUUGCCCCCUGCAGGACACCCACAAGGAGGUUGGGGGGUGCAACCCUUGCCUUGCCCUGGCGCUGUCAACACAGGUUGCACCACUGGGACCAGCGCAGAAGGAAAUGCAUAAGCCCACACCAAAUUUUACACCUAGUUUGGAGGCAGCAAACUGCUCAGUAAAGUCCGCUUCUCGUGGAUCCUUCAUAGCCUUGCAAAGUCUGCACUGCAGCCCUUCCUCUGAGGAGGGCAGAUUGAAAUGUUUCCCUUUUUUGUGGAGCUCAGUUUCCAAAUCGAGUUUCUGUCAUUCAUAGAACUGUAGAGUUGGGAGGAACCCCGGGGGUCCUCUAGUCCAACCCCUUGCAAUGCAAGAAUCCUGCUCGCAGCCCUACGGGGGUGGGCUUGGACCACCAGCCUUCUGACUAACAGGCAGGCGCCCUGAGCCCUGGGGGCUCUUUGCAAAUGCAGCCCUGGGGAAUCUGCCCCAGCCACUCUCCUCACUCGCCCUGCUCUGCAGCCGCCUCCAGGUGAUUGUCGCUUCUCUGCAGGAUGGAUCCACGUGCAGUUACAACUCUCAGGACCGUGCGGCCAACUGCACAUCCGUCGUGGUGGUCCCAGUGGGGAACGAGGUGGCCCUGGAGCAGGCUGUGGCAACCAUUGGGCCGGUUUCGGUGGCCGUGGACAGCAGGAGCUUCUACUUCCAUUUCUACAAGUCAGGUGAGGGGCCAAACGUUCAGAGAGGGUGGCAGCCUCUGGUCUGAUUUUGGUAGCAGCUAUAUUGCCUUUAUUAAUAUUGCGCAGAAUGAAGCAAUUGGAUGCAUAAAAACGGACUCCUUUUGGAAUAAAAAUUGUCCAGAUCCAUAAAUACAAUUCAAAGCUUUAAACAGGUACGAAACAAUCAGCAAUACAUCCAGAAAGUUGUAUAAAGCAUUUGCAUCAAGGAUAGGCUCUUCUUAAAUUAUGACCAGAGCAAAAAUACACGCUGUGUCUCUGUGCAGCUCCUGGAGGUGCAACUUAUCACAUCCUCCUCUCACUGUGUUUGGGUACAAAAGACCGAGCCAGCUCCCUCCAGAAUGAUGAAUUGGCAAUUGAAUACAUUAACUGCAUCAUCUAAGGUUAAACUCCCAUGUGAAAGCUAGCAGAGAAUAUGAACAGUAAAUUAUUGACUCAGUUAGAUAGAUACAAUGGGAUUUUCCAAUGUUAAACCCUUAGCAACAUACUAGAUUCAGGUAGGUAUCCGUGUUGGGCUGAUGCAGUCAAAAUAAAUUAAAAAAUUGUCCAGUAGCACAUUAGAGACCAACUAAGUUUGUUCUGGGUAUAAGCUUUUGUGUGCACGCACACUUCUUCAGAUACCUUAGCAACAUACAUACAGGCACUCUCUAUUUCAGUGUGCAAUUAUACAAUUAUACUUAACAAGCUAAGGAAUAAUAGGCAACUCCUGGACACAGAUGGCUAAUUUGUGGGCCUUAUCUAAGGUGGGCUGCAGCAGCAGUGCCAGACACCGUAGUCCAUGCAGCGGUGAGCUUGAGGUUGGACUACUGCAAUGUUCAGCACGUGGGGCUGCCCUUUGCACCUGGUUUCGAAGCUCUGGCAGGUGCAGAAUGCAGUGACCAGACUGUUGAUGGGGACAUCUGGCCAAGGACGAGAGACACCUUUGUUAAAAAUAUUUGUACCGGCUGCCCAACCCCUGCCAAGCCAUGUUUAAAGUCCUUGCAUUGAUUUACAAAUCCCUGAACAACUUACGUCCAUGCUGCCUCAGGGAUCACCUGAAGCCUCCUUUCCCAGCUCAGUUACUGAGAUCACCUGCAGGAGCAUUGUAGGGUCGUUCCCCAACUCAGGCUGACCUGACAGCAACAAGAAUCAGAACCCUAUCCUGUGACCUUAUCCUGUGGAACUCUCUGCCACUAGCAAGCCAGCAGGCACCACCUGUGCCGACUUUUAAACACCUGCUGAAAACUUUUCCACGCCAGGCCUAAGCAGAGAAGGAAAAAUGCAUCUUCCCACAAUAGUUAGCUGAUUUCUGAUUUAAACUUUUAAUAUGGUUUUACACUAUAUGGUUUUAUGUACUAGUACUGUAAAGAACACACACACACAUAAUAUUUUUAUGUUGCACUGGAUGUGCUUGGCUUAAAGGCCUGUUCUGUGCCUGAAAACCUCGGAACUCGGACCCUCCACAUGCUAAAAACCAGGAUCUUUAUAUCAAGUUGGAUGGUUGGGGAAGUUUGUGCAAUUAUAGAGGUAGCCCAUCUAUGAGGCAGAGGAUGCUGCCGUUGCUCCAUCUAGCUCAGUAAUGUCUACACUGGCUGGCAGCAGCUCUCUGGAGUUUCAGGCCGAGGGGUCUCUCUCUCCCAGCCCCACCUGGAGAUGCCGUCAGGGAUUGAGCUGAUGUGGUAAAGGCUCUACCACUGAGCUACACUCCUUCCCUUGUUAAUAAAGUAAGAUUCUAGUCCUCAUGGGCCUGAUUUAAAGAGGAAGUCAGGCCAUUGGUCUAUAACAUGGGUAGGCAACCUAAGGCCCGGGGGCUGGAUCCAGCUCCAUCGCCUUCUCAAUCCGGCCCGUGGACAGUCCGGGAAUCAGCGUGUUUUUACAUGAGUGGAAUGUGUCCUUUUAUUGAAAAUGCUUCUCUGGGUUAUUUGUGGGGCAUAGGAAUUCGUUCUUCUUUUUUCUUCCAAAAUAUAACCCCCCCCCCAAGGUCUGAGGGACAGUGGACCAGCCCCCUGCUGGAAAAGUUUGCUGACCCCUGGUCUACAAUAUAUACCUCAGGACUGUCUACACAAAGGGCUCGCCCGCACGUCUACCUGUGUGCCACAGAAAGUGUGGUCCAAGUGCUCUCCCCCUUGCCCUGCUCCUUUCCGAGGGAAAACUGGCUCUUUUGGUGAUCAAUUGGAACAAAUGGCAAACCAGGGAAAACCCAAAUUGGCUAUUGAGCGCUAAAGAGCAGUUUUCUUUGGGAUGGCAGGACAAGCCCUGACUUUCUACAGCUCUUCCUUCUCCAUACCCCUUCCCUCUUUGUGCAUUACCCCUUCAACGAUCCUGGUGCUCUUAAAAAAAUAGAACUUGGAAUUUAUUUACUUUUUUAAAUCCAAAAAGCUUCCCAUUGGAAAGUCAUACUUGACACACAAGGUAGAUAACUAGAUUUCAGAGUGAUGGUGGUGUUGGAGUGUUUGUGCAGUCGGCUAUGGUCUACUCUGAGUGGUCCCAGUUGGUCAUUGUUAUUUUAUUUGUUUAUUAAAUUUGUAUUUAUGUUAAAUAUGUCCCUACAUUCAUAUCGGAGGAUCUGCUGCAAGCCAGGCUCACAUUGGAUGAAGCCCCCUUGGGCGCGCCUUCCUCCCCGCUUUGCCCCGUUCUGAUCCUGCCUCACUCCAGGUCUCUUCUCCUGCCAGGGGUGUUUGACAGCUCCUCGUGUACCCAGCUGGUGAGCCACGCCAUGCUGGCUGUUGGUUAUGGGACGCUCCAGGACGGUGGGAACAACACGGCUUAUUGGAUCCUAAAGAACAGGUGACCAAAGGGGUAUUUGAGCCGGGGCGGGGAAGGUCGGGAAAAGCUCAGAAGAACAUAAGAGAAGCUCUUCUGCGAGGGCUGGCCCACCCAUGAGGUGAGGUGCGGGAACCGCCUCAGGCUGCAGGAUCCAUGGGGCAGCAGCCUCCAUAGCGGCCCCUUGGCAAUGGGAAGCUCGUCUCCUCCCACCCUUGGUGGUGGGACACCAUUGAGUGAUUGUCUCAGGGGCCCAAAUGUCUUGGGCCAUCUAGGUCAUUGCGCCAUCUAGUCCAGCCUCCUGUUCUCACAGUGGCCAACCAGAUGCCCCCAAGUCUGGGAGCAGGAUUUGGGCACAAGAGCAGCCCUCUUCUCCUCCCAUGGUCGCCAGCAACCACAUGUCUGAAACAGUACAGGAAAAUAGUCCUGAAGCCAUUUUGACCCCCCCAAUUGACCUCAAAUAUUCUCUGAAAGGAAGGAAAUGGGAAAGCCUCCCCAUUGUCUCUUUGCUCACAAAUGCUGUCUUAAGGGCAUAUUUGUGCAUGAAUAGGGUGAGCCUUCAGGAACUAAAGUAUUUACCAUUACAAAAGAAUGGCCAGGCUGCCCCGGCAAUGUAAUCAGGGACCAUUAACAGGUAUCCUGACAGAUAGGAUGUCUGCUGGAGACCACCUCCUUCUGCGAUGUAUGUCCUGGGGGGGUGGUCUUGGGCUACAGGGUGGGCAAUUUCAAAAGUCUACAUAAGGGCUUGCACACCAUUGUUCUGGGUUCCUCCUCCCUGCUGUGUGUGGGGAGUGGGGACCCUGUUGCAACAGUUUCAUACAGUGGUACCUCGGGUUACAGAUGCUUCAGGUUAUGCGAUUUCGGGUUGCACACCACUUCCAGGUUUCGGUGCUCACGCAUACAUGCAUGCGCAAAAGCAUCGAAUCACGACCCGCACAUGUGGUUUAGACCACAGCGCCACCCGUGUCCUAAAAUUAUAUUAGAAAGUAAUUAUAUUACUAAUUAUAUUCAGUCUCCCAUUAUUAGAAUGGGAUACAAAAGACGAAAUGGUUAAAUCAAGAAUAUACACUGGGCUAAAGAUCUGGGACAUAAUAUGGAAAUAAGUGCAUGAGAAAAGCUGUGGAAAGUAAAUAUGAAAUAUACUGCUUUAAAAGUAAAUUACAUGAAAAUUACAUGUAUUGCUUAAGUGAUAUACUUAACACCUAACCAAUUAUCUAAAAUGUAUAAGAAUAUUCCUAACAAUUGCUGGAAGUGUAAACCCGCAGAUGGAUCUUUUUUUCAUAUGUGGUAGAAUUGCAAGAAAGCGAGGGAAUUUUGGAAGAUGAAACAUGAUUAAAUAAAAAAGAUAUCCAAAAUGCCCAAAGCGUUUUUGUUAGGGAUUAUAGGGGGAGAAAUCCCCCCCCAAAAAAAUAUUAAUGUUGUUUAUGUAACAACAGCGGCUAGGAUUUUAUGUGUGCAGAAAUGGAAGGAAGAAGUAGUUCCCACCAACGAAGAAUGGAAAAGUAAGAUAAUGGACUUUGCAGAACUCUCAAAAUUAACAGCAAAAUUAAGAGAAUCUAAUGACGAGUGUUUUAUGGACGACUGGAUGCCUUUUGGGACUAUUUAAAGAAAUAUUAUAGUAUGAUGAGCUUGCGAGGAGGAUUUGAGAUAUGAGCAACAGAAAUAAUUAGAGUAUAAUACUGUGGUUAUGAUUUAAUAGAAGAGAGAGCGUAGCAGAAGGAGAAGAACAACAACUCCAUGGAAAACUGGGAAGCAGAUAAAAAAACCAAGAAAAGAUGAAAUUGUGUUUUGAUUGUAUAUGCUAAACAUCUGGAAACUUAACAAAAUGUAAUUUUUAAAAAGAGAUUUCACCCCCUUAAAAAUAUAAAGCGGUAUGGAAAUGAAAAUACUACUGUUACUACCACUGACAAUAUACAGUUAUGAUGGUGAUAAUGGCUUUGAGGGUUUGGGGGGCUUUUUUUUUUUUACAAUCAAGUGUUAUAUAAAUUGCAUGAAAUAAAAUAAUGUACUGACCCCUCCUUUCUCUCUCUUUCUCUGUCAGCUGGUCUGAGAAAUGGGGAGAGCAAGGCUACAUGCGAUUGGUCAAGGGCACUGGCAAUCACUGUGGCAUAGCCAAUCAAGCCAGCUACCCCGCCCUGUAAGCUUCUCAAGAGCCAGGAUCCCACCCCUCCCGACCUGCCCCACCUGAACCUGUUGCACAGCUAUGAAUCCUCAGUUGUUGAACAUGCAAUUUCACGUUCUCUGAGAAAAGCUGAAAUUGCAAAGGAAAUCAUGUACAGUGGUACCUCGGGUUAAGUACUUAAUUCGUUCCGGAGGUCCGUUCUUAACCUGAAACUGUUCUUAACCUGAGGUUCCACUUUAGCUAAUGGGGCCUCCUGCUGCCGCCACGCCACUGCCGCAUGAUUUCUGUUCUCAUCCUGAAGCAAAGUUCUUAACCUGAAGCACUAUUUCUGGGUUAGCGGAGUCUGUAACCUGAAGCGUAUGUAACCUGAGGUACCACUGUACUAUUAUUACCUGCUGGGCUUCCUGACUCUGCCCUGUCCCUUAGAUGUUGUUCUUUAAACGUCUCUGUCCUGCAUAUAAUUCUGAUGCACACUUUAUCCUUGUAUUGCUUUCCAUUUGGCAGCGGCAACCUGCAUUUUGCUGCCUUAUUAAAUGAAUGUGGAAUUCUGAAA